AUGAGCAGGUGGACAAGUGAGGAUGACUUGGCGCUGUUGAUACAGGCCAACAACGAGCGACCAUUCCUCCAAGAUCGAGAAUGCGAAGUCGACGGUAAGAAAACAUCGCACAGGUUCCACCUGCUACUCGACAACCACGAAAAGUUCCAGAAGGAGUCCGUGUAUUUAUCCGGUGUCGAUCAAGAACACAACGAAAUGCAUAUUCUUCUCGACGAGUUGGUUGCUCUUCGAAAGGACAACAUGGCAAAAAAGAAGGGAAGCAACAAGCAAACGCGGCUGAUCAGCAAGAAAAGGCGCGGUCCGAACAUUCGAGAUGAGGCCAUGCGAACGUAUCCCAAGAAACGAGCGAAAGUUCAAAAUGACGAGCGAGACGAGGCAUCUACAACCCCUUCGAAGAAAAAGAUGCUUGUCGACUUCCACCAAGCCGAGAUCCAAUUGGAGUGGGAACGGUUGGCAUUUAAGAAGGCUAAAAUGAGGAAGAGAUUGAAGAAAAGCGCCUCGAUCGCGAGGAAAGGCGCGAGGCACGGGAGAACGACCGCAACCAGCGCGAAGAGACGCGCAACCAAAUGUCCGAGAUUUUAG